UGGAGCAGGAAGGCGUAUCUCCACUCGCUUGGCCUCUGCAUCCCUCCUCAGAGCCUGACUUUGGCCUGGGUCCCGGGGACACUGGACGCCUCCCAUGGACCUGCCUUACUACCACGGGCCCCUGUCCAAGACAGACUGCGAGAACUUGCUGCUCGGCGAAGGGGUGGAUGGCAACUUCCUAUUACGGGACAGCGAAUCCGUGCCAGGGGCCCUUUGCCUCUGCGUCUCGUUUGAAAACUUCGUCUACACCUACCGCAUCUUCAAAGAGAAAUACGGGUGUUACACCAUCCAGACUGCGGAAGGCACUAAAAAGCUGACGUUUCUAAACCUAAAGGACCUAAUCUCCAGAUUCGAGAAGCCCAACCAAGGGCUGGUGGUUCCCCUUUUGAAGCCAAUUCAGAGAAGCACGCCCUGCCUGAGGUGGAGAAGGUCGAAGGUCGAGCGGGACAGCAUUUACGAGAACUCUAACAGCGAUUACGUGGAAGUCUUGCCUUGAAGAUAAGGAGACGGAACAAGCAAUUAGAGACGACAUGGGUAACAGCUCUCAUGGGCGACCCCGCUUCUCCCGCACACGUAGGCCUGAAAGGCUGAGCCCUAGGGAACAGAUGUCCAGCUGUCCUGGUCUGGAGGCUGACGGUGCUCGGCGCUCGGUGUACCCGCAGCAGCUCCAAACCCUGCCCUUCAGGACGGCCUGAACCUACUCCCUGACUUGCUAGAGGCACAACCACAUGUCACGGUGACAUCCGCCUGGACCAGGACCAGGACGCUGCCAUCCUACAGGAGAGCGCGCUUGGCCACAAGCUACAGCUGGG